CCCACAGUCCCCCACCCCAAGGCAUGGGGAAAGGAGCUAGGAGGUCUGAAAAGAAGCAGGGACUGAGAGCAGGGGAUGAGGUUGAGUGCCGCGGUCCCAGCCCCGCGGGGUUGCCAGCUGAGGGAGGGGCCCCGCCCCCUCCCAGUGGAGGGCGGGGGCGCAUCACCCGGCGGGAGGGAGUUGAGCCCGGUGGCCUCGAUGCUCCACGUAGGAGCUGGCUCCCGCUGUCAGUUGCGGUCAGGGCCACCGUAUAAAUAGGGCGAGAGACCCGAGCGCCAAGGACUUCCCGCUGCCCGUGUCCCGCUGUCGUCGCCGCCGCUGCCCCCAGCCCGGCCCCAGGCGUCCGGCCAUGGCCACCGCCUGCCCUAUCCUCCUGCUCAGCCUCGGGCUCCUGGCCGGCCUGCUGCCGGCGCUGGCCGCCUGCCCCCAGAACUGCCACUGCCACGGCGACCUGCAGCACGUCAUCUGCGACAAGGUGGGACUGCAGAAGAUCCCCAAGGUGUCAGAGAAGACCAAACUGCUCAACCUGCAGCGCAACAACUUCCCUGUGCUGGCUGCAAACUCGUUUCGGGGCAUGCCCAACCUGGUGUCGCUGCACCUGCAGCACUGCCAGAUCCGCGAGGUGAGCGCUGGCGCCUUCCGUGGCCUCAAGCAGCUCAUCUACCUGUACCUGUCCCACAACGACAUCCGUGUGCUGCGCGCUGGCGCCUUCGACGACCUGACCGAGCUCACCUACCUCUACCUGGACCACAACAAGGUGACCGAGCUGCCCCGGGGGCUGCUGUCCCCGCUGGUCAACCUCUUCAUCCUGCAGCUGAACAACAACAAGAUCCGAGAGCUGCGGGCAGGCGCCUUCCAGGGUGCCAAGGACCUGCGCUGGCUCUACCUGUCGGAAAACGCGCUCAGCUCCCUGCAGCCGGGGGCCCUAGAUGACGUGGAGAACCUCGCCAAGUUCUACCUGGACAAGAACCAGCUGUCCAGCUACCCCUCGGCCGCGCUGAGCAAGCUGCGGGUGGUGGAGGAGCUGAAGCUCUCCCACAACCCCCUGAAGACCAUUCCCGACAAUGCCUUCCAGUCCUUCGGCAGGUACCUGGAGACCCUCUGGCUGGACAACACCAACCUGGAGAAGUUCUCCGACGGUGCCUUCCUGGGUGUGACCACACUGAAAAAUGUCCAUCUGGAGAACAACCGCCUGAACCAGCUGCCUUCCAACUUCCCCUUUGACAGCCUGGAGACCCUCACUCUCACCAACAACCCCUGGAAGUGUACCUGCCAGCUCCGGGGCCUCCGGAGGUGGCUGGAAGCUAAGACUUCCCGCCCGGAUGCCACCUGUGCCUCGCCCACCAAGUUCAGGGGCCAGCAUAUCCGUGACACGGACGCCUUCCGCAGCUGCAAGUUUCCCACUAAGAGGUCCAAGAAAGCCAGCCGCCAUUAAACAGCCUCUGCUGAUGCACAGAGCUGUCCACACCUAGACAUGUCCUGGCCGGGGGAUUUGGGACUCCAGCAGGGACCCAGCUCCACCAUCUCCACGUGACAGCGAGGGCUCCGUCACACCUGGCCCCUCCAUCAUGGUUCCUCUCAAAGAAGCUGCGCCGAGACCCCCAAGUCCUUCAGAACCGGAACUGAGUGGUCAUCAGGAUGGCCAUCCUUCCGUCUGCUCCCCUGACCCUUCCGUUUGGAAACAAACAUCAGAUCCUUGCCCUGCCCCUUGUUUCCAGGAAGGGCCGUAAGCCCAUACUCCAACUCUGCCACCCCCUUCCUGCCAGAGUGCUCUAGCAGGAUACUGGUGCUUUGCCAAACAUCCCCCAUGCUGCAUGUCUUCCCCAGGUUCCUGUAAGUAUAAAUUUGUGUAUGUGUAAUAUUUACUCCCCGUUGUUCACUAUCUCCAUGACUCUACAGAUGCAGAUGAGGCCAGGCUGCAUUUUCUCACGUCCACUUUCUGGAAGGAAGGUGGGCCGAGAGGGUCUACUCUGGAGACCGGCCCGGGCUCAUCCUCACUCCUGUACACGUGUUCUCAUCCCAGGCCGGCCUGCCUCCCGUCCCCACCUCCACCCC